GCGCGUACGGCGUGACGUUCAACGCAUGCGCGGGGCGACAGUGGCUUGUGAAACCGGGCGCUGUGCUGACAGGGCCGCAGCCAUCCCCGGCCUAGCGUGGGGGCUCGAACUCGGACCUGCAACUCCCGUGCUCCGCGUGCGCUCAGUUCUUUUCCGGUGCAGCCGCCGCCGCCGCCGCCGUCGACAUGUUUCUCACUCGCUCGGAGUACGACAGGUGAGUGCGGGUAGGAUAUGAGGGAGCGCGGCCUGCGCCUAGUCAGGGGCUGAGUCACUGUGGGGCGGCCUGCCUGCUUCAGCCUUCGGGUGCCGGCUAGAGGCGCCUUCCUUCCCUCCCUCCCUCAGGCGCCCCCUCCCCCUGCGAGGGUCCAUGGAGGGCGGGGAUGCGGGUGGCCUUCGGAAGUCUCUGCUCCCCUCGAGAGACUGAAGCUCCUCGGGCUUGAGAACAGUCGCCUAACCCACCUCCUGCCAGAGAGGAGAUCGCGAGAAGCGCCAUCAUCACGCUCGCUUGAAGGCAAGUCGCCUUGGAAGCGGCGUGGUCUUAAGAAGAUGCCGAUAAACUUGGGAUGCCCACCCUUGUGCUGCUCAGCAAAAAGAAGCCCGUUGCAGUAGCAACGCAAGUUGAGGGAAGCAACCCCGCUCUCCUCUUCUGGGCUUCCUUUUUCUCCAGCCAGGUGGGAGUGGAGGAUAGACUAAAUGAAGGCUAAAUUGGAAAAUUCCGUCCUGCAGAAGUAAUGCACCGGCUACAUCAGUAAGAGAGUGAGUGUUACUGACUGCACAGGUUUCCAACUAUUUUCACUUGUAAUGUAGGCUGAUCACAACAAACCUCCUCUUCCUGUUGCUCCCCAUCGCCUCUGCCUCCAGGUCCAGUUUGUCUUAAAUAUGCAUUCUCAGUGAUGGGCAAGCAUGAGUUGUGAAGGGGCUUGUGUCCCUUUAGUUGUAUGCUGUUUAGGAAAACAUAAAUAAUCUUGUACUUCAGUGCUGGCAAAAUUCUUGAUUGUUCCAAUCUAUAACUGACAGAACUUGUAUUGUGCAAUGGUAGCCUUGUAUUAUCUGAACUGUUGCAGAGGCAAGGCCUCAGCAAGUUUCCUUAGUCAUAGUGAUGGAGUCUUCAAGCUUUUGCUUUCAGUUGCACCGAUUUGACAAAGGUUAUGAAUGAUUCAUCAUGCUCAAUAAACUGAAACUAAACAACACUUCUGUAUUUAUAAGACAGUGGGCAAAUUAACUUAUGCAGAACGUCUCAAAUUAAUUUGUUGAAUCUUAGGUAACAUCACACAAACAGCUAGCAAAUGAACACUGCUCUGUUCCCUGUGAUACUUGGGGAUUUACAGUAUCAGAAUUUUCCUUGGGUGCACACUUUACAAAAUAAAUUUAAUUUUAGUUCGUAUUUAUUUCUGACUUCAGACUCUCAAGUGCCAAAUUCAGGCUUAAAUCUCCCCCCCCCCCCCGGAAAAUUGGUUGCAGCUUGACAAACCUGCAAGAUGAAGUUGAAAGGUACUUUAGGUACUUUUGGUUUUCCCCAGGUGAGGUUGGUGGCCUCUCAUUUAUGCAAGGUAACACAGAACAUUUGUGGUUAUAGAAAUCACAACUCGCUUUAAAUGAUUUAUUCUGCCUUUAAAACCCACACUGGCCCUUGGUAGAUUUUGCUGUAGAUGCACAAGCAUUGUUGUAGAUUAUUAUUAUUUGUUCGAAAACUGGAACGCUCACUUCCGGGUUUCAGUCAUUCAGGAGCUGAUUUGUUUGGGAGUCAAGGUGUUCGGCUUCCAAGGUACGACUGUAUUUAAACACUUACACACCUGCCCACUCACUGAAAGAAGCAUACCUAGUUCUUGCUUCUUACAGGAUGUAGCACCAUUUACUUCUGUUUGUAAACUUCCUGACACUUCCAAGAGUCUGACUCAUUUUUUUUAGGUUGUGAUAGUAGGAACACUUACUUUUGAGUUACCAUGCAUAGGAUUAUGCUAUGAGUUUACUUUUUACUUUCAAUUUCAGGGGUGUGAACACUUUUUCUCCAGAAGGAAGAUUAUUCCAGGUGGAAUAUGCCAUUGAAGCUAUAAAGGUACAAUAAGCAUUUGAGUCUCUUCUGUAAAUACCACCUCUCAAGUCUGUUGGUGUGAUGUGAACAAUGGGUUAAAUUAUACAGUGCAUGGUCUCAUGUCUUGAGGAGCAUACCCCCCUGGAUGUUUUGAGAUAAGAGUGCCAGGUGCACUGGGUUACCAUAGCAACACCAGCAAGCUUAAAUGUAUGACUUGCUGAUUCAUUCACUCUCCCAUUGGUUCAGGAAAUAUGCUACAUGUAGAGAUAGGUAUAAUAGUCUCUAACACAUUUCUUUUACAGUGAUGCCUCGCAAGACGAAAUUAAUUCGUUCCGCGAAUUUUUUCGCCUAGCGAAGUUUUCGUCUUGCGAAGCACGAAAUCCCAUAGGAAUGCAUUGAAAAUCAAUUAAUGCGUUCCUAUGGUCAAAAAAAGUCCAAACAAAGCCAAAUUUGGUACAACAAGAGUUUAUUAAGUGCUCUUUAAAGUCACACAUACUGUAAAGAGCAUUUCAAAAUUCAAACCCAUAAUUUUUUUUUAAAAACAGCAGAGUUGCCCAAUGGUCACAGAAAAUCAUAAAAAUGCAGAAAAAAACACACAAGCUUCCAGAUUCUUGCAAACCCCUCCCCAACUGUUCCCCCAGCCACCCAGCACACAGAAAUUCAAAUCCAGAAAUAUAUGAAAAAAACAGCAGAGUGGCCCAUUGGUAACAGAUAAUCAUAAAAUUGCAUAAUUAAAUCACACUUGCUUACAGAUUCUUGCAAACCCCUCCCCAACUGUUCCCCCAGCCACCCAGCAUACAGAAAUUCAAAUCCAGAAUUUUUUUUUAAAAACAGCAGAGUGUCCCAAUGGUCACAGAAAAUCAGAAAAAUGCAGAAAAAACACACACAAGCUUCCAGAUUCUUGCAAACCCCUCCCCAACACCAAGUCCUUGAAUUCUAAACACCCCAACCCAAAAUCCAAAACCCCCCAAAAAAGUUUUAAAAGCUUAACUUACCAAAUGGCUGCAAAAGAAGUUUUGGAAAAGCUUCAAAAAUCACCAAAGUCUUUAAAAACCUCAAAAAGGCUACUAUGUACACUGCGUUCUAUGAGUUGCUCCUCGAAGUCAAGUCGCAACUGUAUUAACGGUGUUAAGAAAAAGGAAACAAACUUGCAAGACGUUUUCGUCUUGCGAAGCAAGCCCAUAGGGAAAUUUGUCUUGCGAAGCAGCUCAAAAAACGGAAAACCCUUUCGUCUAGCGAGUUUUCCGUCUUGCGAGGCAUUCGUCUUGCGGGGCACCACUGUAUUACGGCCUUCUCCAUGUCAAUGUCCUGUCCUGUUAAAUGAUUUGUUUCUAUCACUGUCUGACUCAGAAUCAGUGAGAGUCAGAGAAAGAGGCUGUGGGUUUUACACAGCGGUUUUAGCUAGCAUGGUGAUAGUGUUAAUGGAUCUCUCUGUGCGCAUGUAUUUUGACUGCAAAGACCAGAAGAACGGUAUAUAGUAGAUAAUAGUGUUUAGCUUUGUCUUAUGUCUGGUGACAAUAAACACUUCGUUACUUUGAAUCAGUGUUAGGAAUUCAGAUAUAUAAGCUAAUCAUCAAAUGGCACCUUAAACCUAGGUUAUGGACACCAUCAUUUCUAUACCACUUCAUAUUUUAAAGAAAAAAAUCUCAAAGCGGUUUACAACACAUUAAAGCAUCAAGUAAAACUAUCCAGAAUAAAACAAAUUCAAGCUUCAAGGAAAAUAUUUCAGAUCCUUCUCUAAAGAGACAUUUUGCUUUCCCCAUAUUUAUUUACCUACUUACUUUUUAUGGCUGCCCCAUAGCAGAAGUACUCUAGGAAGCCCGUGUGGUGUAGUGCUUUAGAGUGUUGGACUAGGACUUGGGAGAUCAGGGUUCAUAUCCCUACUCGGUCAUGAAGCUCACUGGGUUACCUUGGGCCAGGCACAGCCUCUUAACCUACCUCACAGGGUUAUUGUAGGGAUUAACUGCGGAGUGUGUGUAAAUCAUGUAGUCCUUGGGAUAUAAAUGUAAUAAAUAAGCUCUUCUGCUUACCUGCUUAAGAAAGCUGGAGAGGCUAGCCAGCUGAAGAUGUCAGUUGCCAACCUGGCAUCCAGAGAGCUCCACAUGAUUGCACUUGGACCCGCACCAGUUGCAAAAUAUGCCUGGCAUCUGGCCAACUUCUAACACUGCUUUGAACUGUGUGAGAGGGGAGUUUUUCCCAUAAUCAGGGACGCUGGAGGAAGCUGUUCUGCUGAAGACUCUGCUGGGGCUCCCACAUACUCUGCUGAUAAAUCAUACUGAUUGAAGUGUGGUGAACUACCAACUACCAGAUGGGCAGGAUAGAAAUAAUAAAGUAUCAUCAUCAUUAUGACUUCCGCAAGUCAUCAACAAAGUCUGGAUGGGUUGAAUGGGGAAUCUCAAAGCCGUAGCUUCGGAGUGAGGUGCAACUUUAUUUGAGCAACUUUAUCCAAAGCUUGUGCUGCUUGUUCAGAUCACAGAAGUUUAGAUGUUACAGACUGUGAGCAGCUGUGCUUGCUUUGGUUUUGUUGUUGUGCCUAACCUGGUGUUCUUUAAUUGUAUUAAUCUGCAUUAAAUUUGAAUUUUUGUAAAAUGUUAAACUCAUUAAGACUACAAUCCUAUACAUACUUACCUAGAAGGGAGCAGGUCUCAUUUAACUGAGUGGAACUUACUUCCAAGGAGACCUGAAUAGGAUUGUCAAGCAAUAAAGUUGAUGUCUGUAUACCUUAGAUGACGACUUCUGUGUACAGUACACUUAAAUUAAAUGGGUACUUCUUUCUAUCAUGCUCUGCAUGCAACUAAAUUUUAAGAAAUCAGUAAUUAUUGUCCCUUCUAAGAACAAACACAAUCAGACUUACUUAAUGUAACUAGCUAUUCUGGAUCCACUAGUCCUUGCAGUGAUGGGCUGUAUUGGGCAUUGGAACCAGUACAAUAUAUUUGUGUAGGCUUAUUAGAAUCAGGACACAACAGUUGUGCAUUCAUCAUUAAGUAUCCCACAUUUAUUCUUAAAUAUGCUUCCAUCAUUAAGAAGAGAAGCAUUAAAAGAUUAUGGUAAUGACAAUUAGUGGCUUUAAGAGUCCAGCAGGGACUCCCUGUGGCCAGAGCAAGUCUUAGCUUUUGCAAUCCACAUGUCUUCAAACACUGUUCCCAGUUCAUUUCUGCUCACUGCAUUAUCAGUAAUCCUUGAGUGCUUCUAAGUGUGCUAUUUUGCAGUUCAGACAGAGAAAAUUUAACUUGUAACAUCAGUAGAGAGCUUAUCUUAGAUAAGCCACUGUUUUCUAACUAAAAUGUAUUUGUAUAAAAUAUUUGCAUUGCUUUGCGUAAUUAUAAUUUUUUGCAGUAAGCUAAAGACCAGUUCACAACAAUGCCCAUGUUCUUUCUUUGUGUUAAGACACAUUUUUUCAUACUUUGAUUUCGUAAUUUAACCCAUGUGCAUCUGUACUUACUUUUGUGCCUAUUAUUGAGUUGUUAUGAUUGUUCCCUGUUUUAUUUAUUUGUUUUGUAUAAAUGAAAUUAAAAAAUCUUUAUCAAAGGGGGAAAAGCACCUCUAGAUGAUUUAGGCCCCAAAUACCUGAAAGACCGCCUCCUUCCCCACAGAUUGUCUUAGGUGUGGUUAUCCAUGGAUAAGCUCUUGUUUGUUCCACCAUUUUCAGAAGUUAGAGAGAGGGAUCUGGGAGAGGACAUUCUUUGCUUCAGUCUCUAAGUUGUGGAAUUCCCUCUUCAUAGAGGUGCACCAGGCACCUUAACCAUUUAUUUUCAAUUGUGUGCUGAAGAAAUACCCUUUUACCCUGGCCUUUGACACUUGAGAUACAGUGGUACCUCAGGUUAAGAACUUAAUUCAUUCCAGAGGUCCGUUCUUAACCUGAAACUGUUCUUAACCUGAGACACCACUUUAGCUAAUGAGGCCUCCCGCUGCCGCAGCGUGAUUUCUGUUCUCAUCCUGAAGCAAAGUUCUUAACCCGAGGUACUAUUUCUGGGUUAGCAGAGUCUGUAACCUGAAACGUCUGUAACCUGAAGUGUCUGUAACCCAAGGUACCACUGUAUAUGUUUUAGGACCCCCUCUAGUUGUGCUUGUAAUUUGUUUUAAGUAUUUUUAAUGCUUCAUUUUAUAUUGUUGUAACCCGCCCUGGAACCUUAUGGUGAAGGGCAGAUAAUAAAUUGAAUAAUAAUACAUAUGUAGGUAAAACUUGUUUAUAUUUUUUUCUGAUAUUCUGAAUCUGAUUAUCACCAAUUAUGUACGUUGAGAUGUGCAUCUCUUAAGUAUAUAGAUCAGAUACACUAAAUAUAAAAGGUGGUUGGUAGUACUAAUCUUUUCCUCUUCCUUUCAAUUUUUUAAAAAAGCUUGGUUCCACAGCGAUUGGAAUUCAGACAGCAGAAGGGGUUUGCUUGGCUGUGGAGAAGAGGAUCACCUCUCCACUUAUGGAACCCAGCAGUAUUGAGAAAAUUGUAGAAAUAGAUGCUCAUAUAGGUAAGGGUCACAAAAUCUCACUUAUUUCUACAGUAAAUCAUGUAGUGUGUGAUGCAGCAUGUACGUGAAUAAAACUCUUCCUCUGCAAGUCUCUUAGUGAGAAAUUAUCCUGUAAUGCACACUACAAAGUUAUGUGCAGACUUUAUUUGGUGGGGAAUUAAUAUUUAAUGGUGGCAGUCACUGGUUUUCCAGGCUCUAGGCCAGCAGGACAUAGUUGCAGAAGUAGGAAGCAGCAGCUGUAACUUGCUUCUGGUUGACCUCACUAGUGAAAGUGUGUCCCCAAAAUUAGAACUUGGAGGGCAGGGAAUUGCAAUGUAAACGCUUGAUCCUGAGCCAGCUUCUGUGCUGGAAGCUCACUGAUUGGAUCACUAAUGUUAGCCUGUCCUCUACUCAAGACAGUUUCAUGCAUAGGCACGCACACACCACAGUAGAAAACUAGGGUGUAUUCUUAAAUACAUUACAUUUUUAUACCUUCCUUUCCCUGUGUUUAAUAGUAAUAUCUCUUCAGUAUGGGUUUUCCCUAGUACACCAUUAACUUUUUUACUGUUCACAGACAAUUGUUUGUGUUUUUAAUCAACUCUGAAGAUGUAACACUGGUAUUUUCAUAUUUCUAGUAGCACAUGAAGGCAGUGUUAGAAACUGAGGUAUGAAAGCUAGGCGCUAAAUGUGCCCAUAGUUAUGGGCAGAACUAUGGAAUGUCUAGGCACGCUUCUUAAAUAGCGAGAAUAUAAAGCUGAAAAUGAAUGAACUGAAGCUAAAAUAUUAUGUUCAUUUAGUCCUUCCCCUGCCCAUCCCCCCUAGCAUUCUUAAGAGCAGUGCUUUUUUCUGGGGGUAUGCAGGGGUACGCAUACCCCUAAACAUUUUGUGAAUCUUUGUACUUUUGUCCAUGUAUUGUAUUUAUUUCCCCUGAUUUGAACCAUAAAAUGGUGAUUAUCUUGAGUCAAAAUGAGAGUACGCCUAAACAUGUUUUUAGAAAAAAAAAACACUGCUUAAGAGGGUCUCUUCUCUAGUCUUCAGAGAGUAGCUGGAAGUGGGGAGGCAGAAAAAGGUUCUUUCCUUCCACUCUGCAGUUUUAAUCUGAAAUCCUAGGCACAGUAUUGCGCCCAGAACUCAGAAACUGCUCACACGUAUGCAAUUCCCUGUUGCAAAAUGCUCCUAGAACAAUAGGAGUUUCUGCAUUAACACUGCAUUAAAGUGACUAACACACUACUCUGUACUAUCUAUAUUUGUGAGCAUUUAACUUCUCAUGGACAUGGGUCUACUUUGUGUAUCUGAGAAGCUAAUGAGGUUUUAAAAUAAAAAUAAAUGCCACUUUGUCAGAAAGCCGAAGGAUUCCACAUAUAGUUUGGCUUGCCAUCUUAAAUCUUUGCAUUUGCCAGUUAAACCAGAAAAAUAUGCAGUACCUAUCCAGGGGCUUUGACCUUUUGGUCAGAUUUCAAAGCAUGAAAAAAACAAACAAUUUUUGAUUGAAAAUGGGAGUUGACAAAGCGUCUUUAUUCAGGACAGACAAAAGAAAGUACUUCUUCACAUGGUGUAUAGUUAAACUACGGACUUCAUAGGGAUUUUAAGUUUUUUGGGAAAUUGAAACUUUUUUUUUACUUCUUGCAAAUUGGAUCCAAAGCUGACUAACGUUUGUGUAUCUCUUUACAGGUUGUGCAAUGAGCGGUUUAAUAGCUGAUGCAAAGACAUUAAUUGACAAAGCAAGAGUUGAGACACAGGUAACAUUUAAAUGUUGAUCCGUGUUGCAUCUCUCCCCUCCUCCUUUUGUUAAUGUCAGUCAUUUAUUAGCAGAACAUGGUGAUAGAGUUGAAUAUAGAGCAACUUUAAUCUCUGUCUUUAUCUAAGGAAUAAACAAAAUUGAAGGUUAACUUUGAAAGGUUAGCAUAGGGUUUUCUUGUUCUUCCUUUAUCAAUAUAUUAUUUCCUGUUUACCCUGAAUGUUAAAAGAGUCUAAGAUGUAACAGGGUAACCUAUCAUUGUGUUUUUGGAAGAACCUUAUUUAAUAUGUAGAAAAUACAUACACUCUGAAACAAUCCAACACUAUUCUUGCCCUCUUUGUUCUAGCUAAUGAGCUCCAUCAUUUUGCUCAGGUGGUGGUAUAAAUCCUUUCUAGGUAGUUAAGAAAGAUUGAGGGGCCUUAAUUCCCCUAACUGCAUAGGAGUCACCACUCUAUGAGUGACUUCUCUGUGGCUGGGAUGAUGUUUAAAUGGUCCAACCAGAGGAUGCUGUGGUUGGAUCUUUAUAAUCUCCCAACCUGUAUAGGAACUGUAUAUGAAAAACAGCUCCCAGUGGCUAGAGAGACAUUUAAAAGCAUCCUAAGAAAGUAUGUGUUGUAAAUCUUAGAAUCAUAGAAUUGGUAGAGUUGGUGUACAGUAUCUCGCCUUCGUCAGAUAGUUGGGCUAUAUUAUACAUAGGUGUUCUAAGAGGAGUAACCAGCUGGUGGCCCAUGAAUCACAUUAAUUCUUUCCCCAAUUCCUUGUGACUCCCUAAUGGCACCACAAUGAAAUUGGCAUGUGAAACUUUUGUGUAAUUCUUCCCUGGUAAGCACACUCUCACUUUGUUCUGUUCGGAAAUACACAUUAUUGUUACUUGGGGAACAGUGCUGCCUAGAACAAAAGCCAGUAUUUUAGGACUCUAGUGCAUAAUGAGAGAAGAUGCCCCAGCAUCCUGAAGUGUCUUCUCAGGAUUGGGGUUAGGGACCAUUUUAGGAUUUUAGCUUCUGGGGGGCAGCAUGCUGAGCCCUUCUUAGCCAAGCUGCUUCCAUAGAGUGGGGCCAAUGAUUUGCUAGCUCUCCAAGCAGAAGAAAUUGACCAUUGCUCAUUGUAACAGUAAGAUCCUUUAUUUGAUUUGUUGUAAAUUUGCUCUGUGUGUGUGUGUGAAGGAAAAACUCUCAUGUUACAGAGUUCAACCUGCUCUUUUGUCUUAGAAUCACUGGUUUACAUACAAUGAAAUCAUGACUGUAGAGAGUGUGACACAGGCCGUGUCCAACUUAGCAUUACAGUUUGGAGAAGAAGAUGCUGAUCCAGGUGCUAUGGUGAGUAGGUGCUUGUGCCAGUUAUAUUCUGCAUGCACAUCUUUGGCAAUUGGCUUACCCAGUUACUCAGCCAUUAAAGUCUUGAUCCUUCUGUGAUUAUGUUCCAGUCAAGGCCAUUUGGCGUGGCACUACUCUUUGGAGGAGUUGAUGAAAAGGGACCACAGCUGUAAGUUGCCCGUUACUUCUUUCACUCUGUUUUCUUUGUAUGUUCAAGUGCAGCGUGUCUACCUGUUGUGCAAUUGGUAGGAAAUGGGGUACCCUUCUGAAAAAGGGGGGUAUCUGCCACCUUGUGAGAUACCGUGUCAGUAAAUAAGUGGCAAUACAUUGGAUUGAUAAUGCAAGAUGAUUCAGAAUAUUGCAGCAGCAUCCUAGCCAUAUUAUGCUAGCAUCUGUCAUAAUCACUAAAGUUUGAAUAGCGGUGAAAAGCUAUUAGGCAGAAUAGAAACGAUAAAUGGCAAUAUUAUUGAUGUAGGGUUGGAGACUAUUACCCUGUAAGCUGCUUUAAAUAUAUUUUUUCCGUCGGUGCAGACCAGCUACAAUAGUGCAACCUAAAUACGUCUGAUGCAGUUCAGUAACUCCUUAUGGUGCAAUUGUGAUGGACAGGCAGGAUAACAUGAUGAAUUUUGUCACAGUCAAAUGUUGGCUCAGGCUACCAUAUGCCAUUGUAGUUAUGCCUUAUCUAUAAGAUCGGGGUGCAAGGGAAGUCUACUCCGUUCCUGUUCUCAGAGUUGCCUAAGUGGCACAUUGUUACACAGAAUGUGACACUUGCAUAAAUCCCGAAUGUUUGAACAUGUAAACAUUCAGAGUGAAUAGGGGAGUAUGCAAAUAAUCUUUUCUAAAGGACUAGCAGAGCUAUUGGUAAUAUAAUAUCUGUAGUCUGCUAUGACAUUCCUUAGGUGGGGUUGGGAGAGCAUUUGUAACCAGAAACUGUAUACUUCAAAGCUGCAAGCUCUUUUUAAACCAGCAAGCCUUCCUCAGUUUUGUAGGAGAGAGAGCAGUAUGAACAAGGGUUGAGAGUGUGAUUAAAACAAAGGAUUACGUGCACUAAAAGAUAAGGGAGUUGCAAUCUAAAAUUGCAAAAAAAUGUUUAUUGAAACAUUUUUCUUAAUUAAAUAUAUGGAACAUGCAUUCAAGAUCAUUUGCAUAUGCAAAACAUUCGCAAAUACUGCUAGCAUUAACCUGAAAUCAGAAUAAAUCUGCAAAAUAAUAAUUGUCUGAUUAUCUUUCAGUAGUCAUCUCAAGCAGACACCCCAAUACCUUCUGUACUGUAUUUUACUGUAUCAGUCAGUUUGUCUCUUGAUAAUCUAUUAGAAUUGCAAGUAAUACCUUAAAUACAUUCUCAGAAUGGUUGCACAUUUGAUUCUGACUAAGACUUGAGUUUUUUGUACUCUUCUCUUCCCUUUCCCACCCAUUGCCUCAUUCCCCAUUGUUAACAUUAUUUUUAUGCCAGUUCUUUGCCAUUCGUUUUGGUUUUUUAAAAAACAACUAUUUAAAGACCAUUAGUGGUUUAAAGUGCAGUCUGUUCUGUCUAAUGCUAUAACAGAUUGAAUUAUUGCAGGAAUAUAAGUACAGUUGUCUGGAGUUUGAAGUCACCUCCAUGGAAUAUUCAUCUUCUUUCUCCCAUUGAGGUGUAUAACGUGAGAGACUCUGAAAAUUUUGGUCCACAUAACUGCUCUAUCAGUUCUUGUUCUGCCAUUUCAUGUUCUGUCCAUCAUUUAAUUUAACUUAUUUGGGAACAUACAUAGAGAUCCUUCAGGCAAUUCCUUAAACAGGCAAUGACCUUUUAACAUCUAAUGAAUCAAACUCCAGUCCUGUGAAAGCUCAUACUCAUAAUUUAGUUUGUGGUUUAUUAGUUAAGUAAAUAGUUGGUCUUUGUAGCUCCUUAAAGAAUAACAUGGCCCUGAACCAGAAUAUGCCAUUUGCACGGUACCUCAGGUUGCAUAUGCUUCAGAUUUACAGACUCUGCUAACCCAAAAAUAUUACCUCGGGUUAAGAACUUUGCUUCAGGAUGAGAACAGAAAUCGUGCAGCGGCAGCAGGAGGCCCAUUAGCUAAAGUGGCACCUCAGGUUAAGAACAGUUUCAGGUUAAGAACGGACCUCCAGACCAAAUAAAGUUCUUAACCCGAGGUACCACUGUAUAUGCUGUUUUGGAGGGUUCUGGGACUAGCUAUUUGGAGCAGGAUCAAUUGCUGGAGGAGAGCCAGGAAAGGCCAGUUUCUGUGCAGAACACCACACAAUGCUCUAUAGAUCAAAAUAAUCCAACUAUCAAGAUUUUAACACUUUGGCUGCCAUGCAUACCCAUGACUGGUUUGCAUGUAACUCUAAACUAUGUGCUUCUGUAAGUCUGAGCAAAACCUUGGGCUUGAGGAUUCCCCUCUCCUCCUCCUGUAUGGCCAAGAGGAGAAAAAACACAGAAUUAAAUACCAUUUUUCCUAAUAGCAUUUUUAUGUUCAAAUUAGGAAGCUUGUUUUAAAAUAAAUCCUGUAGUUUAUUAAGCAAGCCUGCUUCAUAAACCAUGGUUUGACUAUGGUUUGUGUUGCAGUUGACUACUUUUUUUCAAGCCACAAUUCCUACUUCAUGCAUAACAAGCCAGAAAUUGGUAAAUUAAAUCCUUUUUUCACCCCUCCUCCUUGGCCAUGUGGGAGGAAAGAAUGCUCAAGUCUCUAGGUGCUGCUGAAUCACAAUAGGCCAAGUUUAUAGACACCUCUUAAUCCUUGAAGUAUCAUGCUUUACUGUGUCUCUUCUAGAAAGGUUCCUUGUCCCAUUAAUUUUCUACUCAUCCCCCAUUGCCUCUUCUUGUGUAGGUUUCACAUGGACCCUUCUGGGACGUUUGUACAGUGUGAUGCAAGAGCAAUUGGAUCAGCUUCAGAAGGUGCACAAAGCUCUCUGCAAGAAGUUUACCACAAGGUAAUAGGAUGAGAUCUGAAAAAAGCAGAUCUUGAUUUUUUUGUCCCAUAAAACACUCUUUACUGCAGUUCCCUGGUGGAAGAACAGAGGUAAAAGAGACAAGAAUGACAGUUCUGCAAUUGACACGUGGUCCCUAAUCUUUCUGUUAUGAAGGUGUAGUAAAGCAGCUGGUGCCUCCUGAUGUAAAUGGAACACUACAUUUCUAAGUUAUAAAGUUAUUCUUAUAGUAGUAAGUUGUGGGCAAGUAUGGACAAAGAUUUCUAUUAAUACUUCUCUAACAAAGGAUUAAUAGCUAAUUCCAUACCAGCUCUUCAUUCUAAACCACUCUGUAGAGCAGUUAUUCUAUCCAGGCAUUCAUAUACAAUGUCAUACCAAAAAGAACAGGAAAAUUCUUGUGUGCCAUUACAAACCUCUUUUAGCUUUUGCUAAAACAAGCAGAUUGUUUGCUAUAUGGAGACAAUCUUGGUAUAGAGAUUUAAAGUAGUCAUGUGUGCACCAGUGCUUAACUUUCAUGACUUCUCUUUACAGUCAAUGACACUGAAAGAAGCAAUCAAGUCAUCCCUUGUCAUUUUAAAACAAGUUAUGGAGGAGAAACUGAAUGCAACUAACAUUGAGGUAUGUAUUUUGCUCUUUUGAUAAAGGCAAGCAUUAUCCACCUGUAUCUACAGUAUGGAAACUACAAGGCAUUAUGUCCCUUAGCUAAUAGCUGCUUCAUCAUAGGGGAUUCAUGUCUUUGCAUAAGAACAUAAGAAGAGCCUGCUGGAUCAGGCCAGUGGCUUGUCUAGUCCAGCAUCCUGUUCUCACAGUACCCAAACAGAUGCCUUUGAGAUGCAUCUUUAAAGAUCUCAUACUUAUAACUGCAGCUUUGAUAGUUCUGACACUCUUUAGCCUUGAAGUGAGAGUUCUUGUAUCCUCUUGCCCAAAUAAUAGCAGCCCUAACUUCUUAUCAUCUUGGUGCCUUUUGAGAGGCUCUUUAGAAUUGGUCACUACCUUGGUGCUUCUCUCAAUUUCUAUAACUGAAUUUUAUAGAAGCUAGAGACCAUUGCUGUAGGAAUGAAUGCCCUGAUUAAACUGUUGUGGGAUUCUGGAAAUUAAUUUCCUGGCAGGUUUUUUGAAAGUGAAAACAGAACUCAGUGUUGCUGUUAUAUAUUUUAAUACCCUGCUUUUUCCCUUGAAGGGACCUAAGGCAGCUAGUUAAAAUCUUCUGUGGUGAGGACUUCUAGAAAAUGUUUUAUACUAUCUAGGGAACAUGCCUGUUUGCCAUCAUGCACUUUCUUUAAGAAGGAAGUUUCCUUUGCUCAGCAGUGCUUUCUUGGCACUCAAGUUUUAGAUGGAAUGAAAAUUGUGUGACUUCCAAGGUCUUUCUGUAAUAAGAUCUGAAGCAAUGUUAAAUCUCUAGUGUGAGUUUUCAAUACAGGUUCAGGGAGCAAGUUUUGUGUGCACUGAGGGAAAACUUGGGCUCAGAAGCAAUGUACAUUAUUACGAGUUGCAAGAUUCAGGGAAGCCUCUAUGCAUAGAGAGCUACGUGUGAGUGCUUUCCUUUUAGAUGCCCAUGCUAAGGUGUGGAUGGUGGAAGCAGGGCUGUGGCGGGGAGGGGGGAAGCUAUGCAACAACAGGGGGUGGGCUCAAAGGUACAGUACCUUUUUACACACUUUGCCCCUUUAUGUGAGUAAUGCGUGAUCUGGGUCCUAAGUGUCUAGUAUCAUGAGAGGGGGAGAAAGAGUUGUUUAGCUACACUUUGCACUUCUCUUUAAAUCUCUGGUGUCCCCCUUUCGUAGUCUGCCCCUGCAAUUAAAAAGCACGAAAUGCUUUAAAGAAUGUGCUUCUGAUCACAUCUAACAUGGAGUGGAGGCGGGGAGACUUCUGUAUUUUUAAAAGUAGUUCUGUGGACUAGAAGGAGAAUAGCUCAGUGGUAGAGCAUCUGCUUUGUAUGCAGAAAAUCCCCAGCUUGAUCCUGAAAUUGCCAGGUAGGGCUGGAAAUGUUUCCUAGCUGAAACCCUGGAGGGCUGCUGCCAGUCAGCAGAGACGAUACUGAGUUAGAUGGACCAAUGUUCUGAGCCGGUAAUAAGGCAGCUUUUUACAUUCACAUUCUAACCUGCCUUCACUGAAGAAGAGAAAUAGAGUUGAGUGUCACCUUACUCUAAACUCCUGGACAUCACCCAGCAGUUUUCUUUAAAAAAUUAAAUGCUCGUGAACAGAAUUGGGCCCUGAAGGACCCUAUAUCAUGAUUAAGAGGCUAUCACUACCAUAUUCUGGAAUAUUCUGACCAACUAGGAGCAAAACCACCACAAAAUCAUUCUUUCAACUCACAGCUUGUUCAAGUGACUGAGAAGGAUAUCAGAGUUGAUAGUGUUGAAAGUUGCUGAUUGUCUAGGAGUUUCAGCAGGGUCACACUCACAGUCUCUGUUUUUCAGCAUAGGUCAUGUACCAGAGUGAUCAAGGCAGUUUCUGUUCCAAAGCUGGGCUUCAAGCCAAUUAAUAAUAUUGGUUUCAUCCAGAUGUUUUUGGAGUUGCACCACUAUCACCUGCCCUCAAGAAGGGUUGUUAGAGGGUUAUUUCUGUAGUAUGUAAACAACGUACUGUACUGUAAAAAGUAAAGAAAGUCACACCUUUCUACAGUCAUACAAUUUUAUAAUUCAUUCUAAAAAUGAGCCUAACAUGUUUCUUCAUAGAGUUACUGAGAUAAUGUGCUUCAAAGUGCUUCACAUACAGUAUUCAUAUUAGGCAGUGGUGGCAUUGUUGAAAAGCUGAGAGAUGCAACAGACUUAAGCUUGUGCAAUGGGACUUCCUCCUCCUCUUUCCUGUAGCCCCCUGUGCACCACCAAUAUGUUGCAGAGGGUUGGGGGACCCUCUGGAGAAGAUUUGAGGGACAUGAAGUAGAGGUCCCAUUCAGAACACAACUCGAUGCAGACAGCAUUGAAUACAAACCUUUUGACAACAUGGAAAACCAUACUAAGAGCCUACCUGAUUUGUUUGCAUGUAUAUAUAUAUUUAAAAAGAGCCAAGCUCCUUGAGCCAUCUCUUGACUAUGCUUCAGUUCAUACAUUUUGAAGGGUCUGUACCGCCUUUGUGUGCUGGAGAUUACUGCCAUCUCCUUUACAAUGGGGAUGAUGGUUAGUGCGAACCGGGCCCUGGAAAUGCCCAGUAGCAUGGAAAUUCAGUUCAUAUGACUCUUCCCACCCCCUUUUUAAGGGGUGGAAUUACAAAGACUGGAUUCAAGUGCUUUGGAGAAAUGGGUUGCACAAUAAAAGCCAGUACUAUUUUUCUAGAAAAAGAGGUGCCAGAACUCACCAUGAACGCCUUCCAUGCUCUCUUAGAAUGGCACCUGAGAGGUGCUGGAACUCAGUUCUGGCAGGUUCCAGCUAAAAAAAAGCCCUGAUAAGAGCUAUCAUGCUCAUUUUGAUAAAGGAGCAGCUGAAUCCAAGCAUGUUCAGUAGAGGCUUCUUGGUUUUGCCUCUGCUACAGAGAAAUAAAGUACAUUAGAAGUUUCACAUACCCUGUCUCCCUGAAAAUAAGAUAGUAUCUUAUAUUAAGUUUUGCUCCCAAAGAUGCGCUAGGUCUUAUUUUCAGGGGAUGUCUUAUUGUCUAAUUGUGAGUCAGCCAGACUCCGUCAGGGCAGAGCGAGCAGUAGGUGGCGGCACGGGCUCUCUGAUUUAAAGAGACCUUGCACUGCCUGAACAGCUCCGGCUGCGCUGCGGCCAAUCAGGGAGCUGUGCGGCAGAGUCCGCCGCUACGGUCCAGAGGAGUCAGACGCCUUACAGUAGCUUCGGGGGCCUUAUGUUUGGGGGAGGCCUUAUGUUCGGGGGAUGCCUUAUAUUACAGCGAGAGGCAAAACUGGAAGGAGGUCUUAUUUUUUGGGGGGGGGGGAUGUCUUACUUUCGGGGAAACAGGGUAGCUGUUCAGGAAUCUGGUACGUGUUCGAUUGGAACAGUCCAUGAGCCAAAAGAGUUCAGUGAGCUGUCUGCUGUGUCUUGUGCUAUGUCUUCUUAAUGUACAUAAGCAUAUGUAACCUUUUCCCCCUGUCCUUGCAGCUUGCAACAGUGCAGCCUGGGAAGAAGUUCCACAUGUACACAAAAGAAGAACUUGAAGAUGUCAUCAAAGAUAUUUGAUGAGGGAGAGAACCUCUCCAAAUGCCUCAUUCCCUGAUCACAGCAAACUGAUUCUUCAGUUUUUUUCCAGUGCCCGUAACUUUAUUUCAGCAGCAAGUAUGCCUGCUCUUAAACAAAGGCUCAAAAUAUUUUUUACAGUUUCUGUACAUAUAAAAGAUCUUCAGUAAGAGGAAACUAGAAUAAAUCAUUUUGUUACUCUUAUGUCAAUUCUUCUAUAAUAAAAGUUCUGGGGUUGGAGGAAUGGUUCAACUUGGUGCUGGACCAAACUGGAAACGUUGCGACAACAAGAGAGUGGAAGUACAAUAUCCCAAUGAAAAUUCAGGGCUGCCUUCUCUGGUGCCUGUUACUACAGUAGUAUUUCAGAAUGUGACUCUUAACUUCAGUUGACUGCUUAUUCAGUUCAUUAAAAAAAAAAAACUAAAUCACCUCCCAUCCUGACAACAGUGACAAACAUCACUGAUACAUGCUGUGGGGAAACAUUUUAGACCCCCAAAUCCCUUUUUCAUAUUGCAAGAUUGCACCUGAGUAAGUAGCACAGUUAAAAUACUAACUUUCUGGGCAUUUAUACUAUUUACUACAGUUAAGAUUACUGUAUAGUACUUCACUUACGUGGGGCAAUUUUCUGUUACCUUUCUAAUCUAACAUUACUGUGCUGAGCUGUCUUCCUUUUCUGGGCAGCAUUCAUAAUCAAACUCCCAGACAUGUAGCCUUCAAAAUCCACUUCUGGAGCUCCAUUUCUAGACAUUCAAAUGGCAUAGCUCCCUCGUGUGGGAACACAUGUUCUUAAUGAGUCAACAGAAUUUAGCCGCUAGUGAAUUGAUCUAGUUUUGCACCUUGUAUCUUCCUAUGGGAGAGGAUAUGCUUCUAUCCUAGAUAAGAACUGAAUUGUCAGACAAAUAGGCCUGCCGAUUUCAUUUUUAAAAGUUUUCGUUUAAUAAACUAUCUGGUCUGACUUGCUUUUUAGAUAUUUGAUACUGUGGCCAACUGGCUUUAUUUUCACUUUAGAACAGGAGUGCGUGGUAACUUUGUGCCAUGCCCUUGUUCAUUUCUUUUUGUUCUAAUGCAUAUCAGCAAGGCUAGAGUAAUCUAAGCUGCUGGGAUAACAAACAAUGCAAUAUCAAACAGGUUGGGUAAAAUGGGAAAUUGUAGGAUUACUCAUUCAUGAAAGUUAAGAAUUGUCUGUCUCAUUUAACAGCUUGGCAGACAAUAUUUGCCUAGCAGUCAUUGGUACUUACAAAAAUAUUUUGCCAGUAAUGAGAGCUGUAAUUGCAUCCUGAACACAGUAUUGCAAAGAUUAACACAGAAAUGAUUGUGUGUGCCUUUAGUGGCUAUACUUUGGCUGAGCAGAAGUUAAUGGUCUUAAUGAGCAAUAAGCAGAAAAAGGACAGGCCUAUGUUGGGCUAGGUAAUGACCUGCAUAGCGGGUGGCUAGUCUGUUUGUGCCUUCUGCUUAUCUAUAAGAAUGGAUACAUCACAGGAUAAGCUUGAAUGGGUGCAUUUUAAAGCCUGUUUGGAAUAUAGAACUGUUGUUUUUCAUCUAGCGUUUGCUCUGUGCAAAAAGGAAAAGCUUCCCUGGCACUAAAGACAAAGGCUUUUUAUAUUCUGCUUUAGGCGCUGUUGCUGGUACCAGAGACCAUGUGAUCAUACCAUGAUUUCUCGCAAACCAAAAAGCAAGACUUUGCUCUCAUCAGUCUUUCUAUGACCGAAAGUGAUUCAAUUUUUGCCUACUACAGUCAGAUCUUGAAAAGUGUGUCUCCUUAGCCCGUGAGAGACUCUGAAAGUAAAUAAUCUGUAAUGUAGCUGUAGGUAUGCCUGCCUGCACAUUUCAAAUGCAAACUAACAUGGGCAAAUAAGGUAUGAGGAGGCUCACUAAUUUUUGAAACAAUUAUUUUGUCCUUGGUCCAAGGUCAAAUACUGGACUCUUUAACUGAUCUAAAUCACAUUUUUUAUGUGUACAAGAUGCUGAACUUUUCCAUGGUGCUUUAUUUCCUCAUUUUCCUGGGUCAGCUAUUGGUUGCCUACAGGAUAACAUGUACUACUUCCAUAUCUGCAGGAUCUGUUUCACUAUAUGCUCCAAUACACAUGGAACAUGCUAUUUUCUUGAGGGUUUAUUGUACCUGCUUUCUAUUUUGACAAUUUUUAGAUACAUCAUAUUAGGUGUCCAUAGCUGAUGCUGACCAAACCAAAACACCUGUGCCAAAUUGUGCUUUCUAUAGUGUAUAGUUUAAUUUGGUUGCUUGUACAGAUGCAUUUAUUCUGUCGCCAUAGGUUAAAGCAAAUACAUCUGUUCAGUUAGCGACAUUAUUUGAUCAUCAGCUGAUUUUUGCAUCAGCUGUUGUCGAGAGGUACCAAAAUACUUUGGAUGUAUUGAAUAUUAUUAGAAUAUAUAUAUAUCCAAUUUUUGUGCCCUUGUGCAUACACCAUAAGUAUUACAAGGUAACGUUGCCAAAAUUGCACACUUUUAGUCUUUAUGACCUUAGAUACUAAGGAUCUGUAUUUCAAAGUGACUAUCCUACAAAAUAUAAAGUAUGAAAAGUGGCCAUUCUAAAUAGUGAUCUGUGGAUACAACCAGUCAACCCCAACUUGGUCCAUUAAACUCUGUGGCUCACAAUAUAUAGUAACUGGGAUGCUCCAUGUCUGGGUGCAACUAAGCAGUCUCUGAACUGUAAUUUCAUGCAUUGUCAUCUUUAUAAGGUUGACAGGUAUUUUCAAAGAUAAUUGUAAUCUUUGUUCUUCAUUCUUUUUCAGUCUUGUUUUUCUGGUGAUACUGUUACAGGAACAUUUUAAAAGCCUUAUUUUAAAAUCCUCAUUUAAAAAAAUCCAUUUCCUGAUUUCCUAACAGUUCUGGAAUAUUAUUACUACUGCUGCUGCUACAUAGGUGGUAUCUAGCUAAACAGUUCUGCUAGAGCAAGCACUUUUGGCUUCCUUCUCCCUCAGUGGCCCAUAAAUCUGUUCUAGGAGGUUGGGGGGGGGUGGACCCACAAGAGAAGUGCUAGUGGAACUGUUUAGUAGGAUAUUGCCCUAUGUAAUUAAUAUUUCCUUUGCAACUCAAGGUUCCCCAAGGUGACUGUACUUAUUGCAAUAGAGUGCAGUGGCAUUGCAACUGUAGUUUUCCCUAACUUUUCCUCCCCCCCCCCCAACUGCCUCCAGUGAGCUGUUGAGUAAAGGCAGUUUGUUCCUGGUUGUGUGCUUCUCUCUCCAUCCACCUCCCCACCCUAGGACUCCAGAUGCAGCAGCUGUACUUACCUGGUACAUUAAAUAAUUGUGUAUUUCUUUUCUGGGGCAAGUGAUCAAAAUCCUCAGAAGAUUACCAUCCUAUAGCAUGGCCACUUGCAACCCUGAUAGGUUUGGAGAUUUGGUGGCAAAGUUCUGAAUUGUCCAAAUUAUUUGUCUCUAGCGUUGACAUUCAGAAUAUACAACUGUUUUCUUUGGUUAAUUUCCACUCUUUUUUGUCCAUAAUGCUAUGUAAUACUUUAUGUGAAAUAACUAUACACUAUUUCAGCAACUUGUGGUUCUUGCAUGUAGGUUUCAACUCUUCCCCCUCUCCCAUGAAUUCAUGUUGCAAUGCUUCUGUUAUGUGUUGGUUUCCUGUUCAUACUCUGAAGGCUUUACUUUCUAGCUAUUUCUAGCUAUAAAACUUGUUAACCCAUUGCUUGCUAGGAGGGCUGCAGUGUUCCUGGGUCUUCAGUUGUGUAAAAGAAAGGAGGGUCAAAGUAAAGUCUGUAGAUGCUCCAUCUGGCUAUCCAACUACUUAGCAGCACUCUACUUCCAUUCCUGCAAACAAGAGUAGACCUAGUAGAUGAAGGUUCAAUGAAGGCAUCUCAUGAAGUCUGCCUUGGUUUCCUCUGUGACUUGGAUUAAGGAUACCUUACUGUCCAGCCCAUUAAAAAUAGUAUUCGGGAAUGCAAGGAUUUAUCAAUUCUGAUAACUAUCAUUAAGUGCUCAGUUUCUAACAUCUUCGUUUGUAUGUAACCUUAAAACUUCAUUUUGCCUUUAGUUUGAAUUAUAUAUGGUGAUACAUGAUCCAGCCAAAAUAAGCUUUGUUCAGUUUGAAGGAAGAUUUAAUUAAGUACGUACUUUUCCAUUGUUAUUAAUGGAGGUGGAAUGUACUUAACUGUGUUUAACUGAGUGAGGUGUGUUGGCAGUUUACCAAUACCAUUGUCCUAAAGAUCAGGCUUUAAUUAUGUGGAGUCACUACUUACGCUACAUUUUGAACUUGGUUGCAGAAAAUACAUAUAUACUGCAUCAUCUGUGAAGGGCAUCUGUGUCAUGAACCAUUGCUUUUCUUUAAAGUGCUCAUAACUAGGUGUCUGCCUGCCCUGAUACUUUUGUGAUGGCUAUUUUGAUGUAUCUGCAUUUUUGUUAGUAGGACACAUUAUACCUUCCUCUUCAUAAGAAAAAAGCCUUCAGUACUGUGAGAGCAGUAUAAGGAACAUCAUGUGCCUGUUUGUGUUGCUCGUUAGCAAAAUGCCAUAAUUGCCGGCUCUAUGGCAAUGAGGAGUGAAGAGAGAAUAAAUAUUUAAUGUAUCCUUUGCUCUGUUCCAAUACUAGGGCUUCACACAUUUAGUCAAGCCAUUUCUAUCAUUGAAAAAAGGAAAAUGAGGGAGAAAGGGUGUUCAAAAUGUUCUGUGUGUGCUUUUUCGACUCUGGGAUUAUGCUUUAACCAUACUGCUGAGACAAUGAAGUAAAACAAGCAUCAUGGAGGAAUAAAGAACUUGGAUCCUGGAUGCACCAAGAUAGAAUAUACUAACUCUCAGAGCAGCAACCCAUGUUAACCUAAUGUGGAAAAAAAUAUACUCUAAAAUGCUUGGGGCACUCUAAAAACUCUAAAGACACACUCUAAAAGCACAAUCUAUCCACUUCAGUCAAUGGGAUUUACUCCUCAGUAAAUGGGUGUAGGUUUUAAGCCCAUGUCUUGCAGUACUGUACAUUUUAGGCAUAUUGGGAAGGAUCUAAAUACCAUUUCUCUUGGUAUGCUUUUGUUUUUCUUUGGAAUAUCCUUUAACACUCAAUAGGGUGGAAGAGAAAGUCAUUCAAAAAUGACAAAAUCUAGGUGACAGACCUGACCUUUUCUUUUUCUGUAAUUUGACCCUUGCUUUUUCGCUUGCUGUUUUCACUUGAGUCUUCAACAGAAACCAAACGAGGACCCUGUGCUCGUUCAAAGCACAUCUGAAAGAGAAUGGCCAUAAAAAUUGCCUGACUCAGAGAUCCAAACUGAUAAGGCAGUAGGACUUUGUGCAUAUCUUUUAGGAAGGCCAGCAGGUGUCCAGAAGGCGAGGUGAUUUAACUGCAGAAGAGGAUUUCAAAUCCAGAAUGGCUCACAGCCUUGCCCCCCAAUGAAUCCUUCCCCAAAGGACUAGUUGCUUGCCCAUAUAAGUGGGCAAAUGUAACAAAUACCAGUAUGUGAAAAUUAGAAGAGAAAAAAAAGUCUCCCUAUCUUGGUCUUAAUCUCCAUCCCAAACGCUCCGAGCCACUCCAAGAAUCCCUAGGACGAAAGCAGCAUCGAAUUUCCGCCAAUU